AUGAAUACGGUUUCUCAACGUGUGCGGGUCAUCCAAUUAUAUAGACAAAUUUUGAAAUUGGGUAGAAAUUGGAAAUCGAAAGAAGAAGGUCGAACAGAGAUCGAAAAAUCUGAAAUUCUUGCCGAAGCACGUCUGAAAUUCCGCGAAAAUCGUGAUAUUUCUGAUCCAAUUGAAAUUGGAAAAUUGAUUUAUAAAGCGGAACAACGAAUUGUACAAGCUGAUCAUUAUGGAAUUCCAUACGAAAGACCAGAAUAUCUCCCACCUGACACCGCAUAUUGUAAGUUUUUGAAAAUCCAGAUUUCUUUUCAAUAUUUAAGAAUUUUCAGCUGUCCAUAGCGUCAAACAAAACUUCCAACGAAUGUCAAGAAAACGUUCAACCUUCAAUCCUAAACCUUAAACGACUUUAUUUUUCUGCAACAAAAAUUCCUAUUGAUCAAGUAUUAGAUGCUCAAGUUUUUAGUGAUGUUAUAGUUUCUAGUCCACUUUUGGAUCAAUAUAAAAUUCGAAAGCAAUUUCAAGCGUCCAUUUUGAAGAGAAUUAUUACGAAGGUAAUUUUUUUGUGAAAGUUAUUAUACAAUAAUUAAGAAAAUUGAUGUUUCAGUUUGAAAAAUGUGGCGAAUUUGUUCCUGACGAGAUUUAUGAUAAAUUGGGUAGUUUGAUGGGUGAAAAAGAUGAAGAAUAUGUGGAAAGAGUGUAUUUCAAUAAAAAUGGUGAUCAAGUAUUAUUUUCAAUUGAAGAAUCAGUUAAUCAACUUUCUAAAGGAACAACUGGUUUAUCUAUUUGGCAGGCUUCUUGUGAUUUGGCUAAUUUAUGUCAAUAUCUUCCAUUGGAAAAUAAAACAAUUAUUGAACUUGGCGCAGGUUGUGGUUUAUCAGGAAUAUCAAUUUCAGCCAAUUUUCCAAGUUCUACAGUUUAUUUGACAGAUUAUAAUGAUGAUGUUUUACAAAUAUUAGAGAAAAAUGUGAAGAAGAAUAAUCUAGUUAGUUUUUAUUUAUUUCACUCGGUGUUUUUCAGAGAUGCAUUUUUAUUUUUGUAGAAAAAUUGUGAAUGUCGAAGUAUUGAUUGGUGCAAUUUUGAUUCGAAAGAAUGGCUCAAUUCAAAUCCAGAUCUAUUAAUUGCUGCUGAUGUUGUUUAUGACACUGAACUUCUUCCAUCACUUUGCCGAACUAUUUCGUGGUUUCUUGAAACAUUUCCAAAAUCUUGUGCUCUUAUUGCGUGCACUUUGAGAAAUCCCGAAAGUUUGAAGUGUUUUGAGAAAAAUAUUCUGAAAUUCAACAUGGAAAUUGUUGAAAAAAUUUCGUUUGAAAAUUCGAUUUUUGAUAUUGGGGAUGGAAUUGAAGUUUUGACAACAUUCCCAUUUUCUUCCACAAUUCAGACGCCUACUAUUUUUUAUAGUUUAGGAUUAGUUAGAUAG